AUGGGUUCUGCUUUUCUCUUAGACAGUGAUGGUGCAGCUGCAUUAGUGCCAGUGAGUGGGGAGAAGGCACUUGAAUGCAUUAGUGGCAGCAUAUGUGCAUAUUUUUGGAACAAUGAUAUUGUAUCAGCUUUUGCUAUCUUCCAAUCAAAAACUCUGGGGUUGUGUCGUUCCCGGUUGAAGAAAACAGAGAAAAAAGAAGAGGAGAUAGAAAUACCUGCAGUAAUAGCCACUGAAAACUUAGCACCAAUCAUUGAAGAAAAUAGUGAGAGAGAAGCAAGACAGGGUUGGUUCACUUGUUCCAACAUUGUUACAGCUACUAACAAUUUCUCCAAUGACAGGAAGUUGGGUGAAGGAGGGCCUGGUACUGUAUAUAGGGGUGAGUUUGCUGACAUAAAUAUGACAGUAGCAGUGAAGAAAAUUUUAAACAAGUCUGGUAAGGGAAGAAAGGAGUACAUAACAGAGGUGAAUCUCAUUAGUAGCUUGAGGCACCCAAAUCUGGUGCAACUCAAAGGAUGGUGCCAUGACGGAGGCCAGACUACAUUCCUUCUUGUUUACGAGUUCAUGUCAGAGGGUAGCCUCGAUUCUCACCUCUUUAGGGCGAGGCCUGCUCUAACCUGGAGUGUGAGAUACAAGAUAUAUAAGGGACUGGCCCUAGCAUUGCUUUAUCUCCAUGAUGUAUAUCUCCGCUUUGGGACAAGCUAUGGUACUGUGAUGUUGAUGGUGUCCUCGCUGCGAUUAAAGGCUAUCGAGUUCCAUUCUACCUGUGGGGUGUAG